CAAGGCAAAACAAACUCAGCGAUCACUAAACAUGGCUACACCCAAAAUCAUCACUUUUCUGUUGAUCAUUUCCAUCAUUUAUUUUGCAGGCAAGGUCGAAUCUGCUAGCAGGACUAGAUCUAGCGCAACCAACUUCAUUAAGGGUCAAUGUAGUACCACCCAGUAUCCUGCCCAGUGUGUCCAAUCUCUCUCGGUUUAUGCCUCCGUGAUAAAGCAGAGUCCACGAAAACUGGCUGAAACGGCCUUGUCUGUGAGUCUAGCUCGGGCACAGUCCGCCAAGGUCUUUGUGUCGAAGAUGGGGAAGUUCAGAGGGCUCAAGUCUAGGGAAUACAAGGCUAUUGGGGAUUGCAUUGAGGAAAUGGGAGACAGUAUAGACCGGCUCAGCAAGUCGAUCCGAGAGAUGAAGCGCGUGGGGAAUGGCAAGGGUCGAGAGUUGCAGUGGCACAUUAGCAAUGUGCAGACUUGGGUCAGUGCGGCGCUUACCGAUGAGAACACCUGCAUUGAUGGGUUCGCCGGCAGGGCUCUUGAUGGGAAGAUUAAGUCCUCUGUGAGAGCUCGUGUUGUUAAUGUUGCCCAGGUCACGAGCAACGGACUGGCGUUGGUUAACCGGUUUGCCUCCAAGCUUUGACCGGAGAUUCCCCCCCCCUCCUCCCUCCCCCUUUUUUUUUUUUUUUUGUGUGUGGGAGCUAUGAAGUUAUGGGUUUUGUUCAUGUAUGCGAAGCUUUCUAUUUUGUGGAGUCGAUAGAUAUUUUGUU